AUGUUGCUCGUACUUCUAGCCUAUUCAACUGCGGUGAUCGCUAUCGCCCGUGCAGCUGCCCCAACAGUCGCAUUGGACAACGCUAUUGUCAUCGGCGAAACGAACGGUACGGUGACCAGCUACUUCGGUAUACCGUACGCGGAGCCCCCGAUUAACGACCUCCGACUCCGUCUUCCCAAGCCUAUCACUGCAUACAACGGGACGAUCAACGCGACGGUCCCGGCUACUCAGUGUAUCCAGCUUCCGGCAAUACCUCGCAGCGACCUACCUGCCGAGAUCGCCCAAGACCUACUUGCAUACAUCGCUUUAACUCCCUUCCCAACAGUCACCGCGCCUGAGGGCGAAGAUUGUCUCUCGGUCACCGUACAGGUCCCUGCCGGCACCAAGCCCGGGGCGAGCCUCCCUGUCCUGGCGUACAUUUAUGCGGGUGGCUUCACCAGUGGCUCCACGGCGCAGAGCUCAGCGGCUGUGCUCAUCCAGAGGUCCAUUGAGUUAGGACAGCCGAUUGUAUUCGUCAGCAUGAACUAUCGGCUUGGCCCCUUCGGAUUUUUGGGAGGCAAAGAGGUCAAGGAAGCCGGUGUCGGUAACCUUGGACUCCAUGAUCAACGUCUCGCGCUGCAGUGGAUCCAGCAGCACAUCACCGCGUUUGGCGGAGACCCCAAGAAGGUUACGAUUAACGGUGCAAGCGCGGGCGCCGUCUCCGUCGGGCUUCAUAUGGUCACCAACGGCGGCGAUAAUGAAGGCCUCUUCCGUGCCGGCAUCAUGCACGCUGGCAGCCCUCUGCCGACGGGCAACAUCGAGAUCCAGCAGCGGUUCUACGACACGGUCGUCGAGCAGGCUAACUGCACGGCCGCCGCAGACACCCUUGACUGCCUGCGUGGCGUCUCGGCUGACACGUUGCUGCAGGCCGCUAAGGCCGUCCCGAACACCUUCGACUACUCGGGACUCGCACAAGCAUGGGCUCCGCGCGCCGAUGGUGUGUUCCUCGAAGCGCCGCCGCAACACCUGGUCCUUGCAGGAAGCGUGGCGAACAUUCCCUUCAUCACAGGAGACGCGCUCGACGAAGGCACAGUCUUCUCCACCGGCAGCUUCAACGUAACCACCGAGGACGAGUUCCGCACUUUCGUCCAGCAAGAGUUCUUCCCCAACACCCCGACCGACGUCCUCGCGCCCAUAUUCGACUUGUACCCUAACGUCGCUUCGGAGGGCUCCCCGUUCGAGACCGGGGAUGCGAACGAGCUCUACCCAGAGUUCAAGCGCAUGGCCGCAUUCCAAGGCGAUAUCACGUUCCAGGCGCCGAGGCGGUUCUUCCUGGACCAGCGCUCGCUGCUGCAGCCCGCGUGGACGUAUAUCGCAUGGGAGAUGGCUAACACACCGCACGUUUACCAGCCGCACGGGAGCGACGCCGUCCCGGCCCUCGCAGAGGGCGACGACCUCGCGGACUACGUCAUCCAGUUCACGGCGACGCUCGACCCGAACGGCGGCGCGUCGAACCGCACGAUCGCGUGGCCGCGCUACGACCCGCUCGCGCGCAGCAUGCUCGUGCUGCUCGACGGGGACACCCCGUUGGAGAUUGUUCCGGACACGGCGCGGCUCGAGGCGAUGGCGGGGUUGACGGCGCUGACUGUGGCGUACCCGCUUUAA